GAACUCUGGCUGUGGCCUUCUGGAUAGCACCAACAUUUCAUAAGAAAAAAGGCACUGAAGCAAACAAGCUCUCCUGGCUAUUGCUCUUCAUCAUUUCCUAUGGGCAUGGAGUUUUGCUAGUAGAGCAGAGUGUAUGAAAAGUCAAGCUAUGAAAACCACCUCAAUGCAAGAUAGCGCUUACCAGACACUCUGUUCACUUUCUGCUCAGAAGAAUCCCAUGAAAAAAAGUGGAUUAUUUGAGACUACAAAUGCAAGAAAGUCUCAGUACCCCCUCCAGAUCUAUGUACAAAAGCUGCAAGGAUCAUGUAUCAAACCUAGAUGUUUCCAGAGACAUCCGGGGGCAGAAAAUCAACCUGCCUCAGGUGGAGAAGCCAUCGGAGAAAAUUUCAGCACCCAUCCAGUCUGUUAUUGCUGUGGAUAAAAGUAAAGUAACAACAGACAACAGUCGAUACUUCAGGGCUCGCUCAAACACUUUAGUAGUGCCUUUUCAUAGUACUAGAGAGAUUAAACUGGAAAACAAAUCCACGUUAGAUUUGCCAUCUUCAAAGGUAGCAUCAGAAGGACUGUCAGCCGAGACACACAAAGUUCCAGAGUGUCCAAAUUGCAAAAAGGAAAGGAAGCUCCAAAAUGAGUACGACAAGUUCAUUUUGCAGUCCAAGAGGGACAAGGAGGCCUUGCAGAAGACGAUUGUGAAGCUAGAAGCUGAGCUGAAAAGAUAUGAAGAGCAUAAUAAACCAGCUCAAGGACAAGAGAGUGAAGUAACCUGCUCUGUGGAAGAACAGCAGCACCUGAGAGGGGAAGUUUCCCUUUUUGAUGGUUUGGUAGGAAUGUGUAAAAAUGAACUAGCAUAUAUGAGAAGCAGAUCAGACCUGAACAAACUGGAAGAGGAGAGCAAAGGGAAGCAGCAACAAAUGGUAAAAGAUAGUUUGUUAGUUGAAAUGAAGGAGUUAAAAGCCCAGCUGCAAAGAAUUCAGAAUAAUGAGGAAAAACAAGCCCAGAUGACCAAAAUGAAGCAAAGCAAGUUGGUUCUUGAAAUGGAAGAGUUAAAGUCCCAACUUGAAAAAACAAAGGAGCGGGAAAGGCAAAAAGUAUCAGUUUUAGAAAAUGAGAAGGAUGCCUAUCUGAGGGAAAUAGCAGAAAUGAAAACUUGCAUUGAGAAGAUGGGCACAGAGAACAGUUCACUUAUGGAGAAAAUGAAAGCCUUGGAGAAUAGGUCUUCCUGCUGUUGUUUGGCUUCAGUGGUUCAUGGCAAUGCAGAAGUACUAACAAUUUCUCACCACAGCACGUUUGGUGUUGAUGCAGAAAGUCCUCAUUGCUUCAAUAGUUGUGGUGGUGCAACUUGCAAUUCUGGGACACAAAGGGGUAAAUGUGUUGCUGGGACAAGCUCGGUGGAGGACGAUGAAAUCAGAAUGAAAGAGAUGUAUAAACAGCUGAUCAUACCACCUAGAUAGGUUCCCAAAACUUCUACUGAUGUCAGAGGACAUGGGCAUACAAGGCACCAGCAUAAGGUUCUUAGUAAGUGAAAUUAUCUUCAUUUAUACUCAUGUGGACCCUGCAUCUCAGGGGUUUAUGUUGUGCAACUUUUUUCCGGUGGAGUUUGCUGCUGCUGAAAAACAUGUCCGUUAAGAUUACCCUGCACACCAAUAAAAGAUAGUUAGCUUGAUAAUUUAAACAAAUUACCUGAUGCUGACUUCAGUCAGAAAUGAAUGCUUCAGUAGUACAUCUAAUAUAUUUCUUCUGUAUUUGUGGCACCUUAGAGACUAA